AUGUCAAUUCCUUCUUCUUGCACUGUUCUUGUGAUUGGUGGUGGACCUGGAGGCUCCUACGCUGCCUCGGCUCUGGCUCGAGAGGGUGUCGAUGUCGCACUUUUAGAGGCCGACGUUUUCCCAAGGUUUCAAGAAUUUAUCGAUCUUGAGUCUACUUUUGACAACUAUGGGUUCGAAAAAAAGUUUGGCGCAGCAUUUAAGCUCAAUGAGAAAGAAGAUGCCUAUACUGAUUUCAUUGCCGCCGGUGGCCCAAAUGCCUAUUCGUGGAACUUGAUUAGAUCCGAGUCAGAUGAAUUGAUGUUCAAACAUGCAAAAGAAAGCGGUGCAAAGGUCUAUGAUGGUGUCCAGGUUACAUCCAUCAAUUUCGUUCCAUGGCAAAGUCAGGAUUUUGCCAAUGAUCCCGAAUCGGUUAGCCCGGGAAGGCCGGUAUCUGCUGUAUGGCAUCGCAAAAGUGACAAGGUAUCGAGCACAAUCAGAUUUGAAUAUCUCAUUGACGCCAGCGGUAGAAAUGGGAUAAUUUCUACCAAGUAUUUGAAAAAUCGAAAAUUCAAUAAGGGCCUGCAAAAUAUUGCUCAUUGGGCAUAUUGGAAAGGGGCUGGCCGAUAUGCCAAGGGAACAUUCAAGGAAAAUCAACCCUUUUUUGAAGCUUUAACAGAUGCCAGUGGUUGGUGUUGGGCUAUUCCUCUGCAUAAUGGAACAAUGUCUGUGGGAAUUGUUAUGCGGCAAGAUAUGUUUAUCGUCAAGAAGAAGGCUCUGGGAGUCAUCGGUCAAGCUAUCUAUUCAGAACUCUUGAAGCUUGCCCCACAUGUUCAGCAACUUCUAUCUGAGGCGGAAAUGGUAUCGGACAUCAAAGCUGCCUCCGACUGGUCAUACAACGCAUCAACCUACGCUGGCUCAUUCUUCCGCAUUGUCGGUGAUGCGGGGUGCUUCAUUGACCCCUAUUUUUCAUCUGGGGUCCAUCUCGCGUUAGCCAGUGCCCUAUCUGCAGCUGUGACUAUUCAAGCUUCCAGGUUGAAGCAAAGUAGCGAGUUGGUUGCCGCCAAAUGGCAUUCUAGUAAAGUAACGGAAGGCUAUACACGCUUUUUGUUGGUUGUUAUUACAGCACUGAAGCAGAUCCGAAAGCAAAUGGAACCAGUGUUGAGUGACUUUGAUGAGGAGGGAUUCGACACUGCUUUCAACUUCUUCCGGCCAAUAAUACAAGGCAUAGCGGAUGCCGACGUGGGAGGUAAGCUUACACAGGCUGAAGUCUCCAAAACAGUUGAUUUCUGCCUCAAUGCAUUUCUUCAGGUGACCUCGGAGCAACGUGAAGAUCUGUUGCGUAGAUUAAAGCAGGGUGGUGUGAGCUUUGAAGCCUUAUCCAAAGACGAGCUUCAGGUCUUGGAUAAUAUUCGAGCGAGGAAAAUGCUACGAUCAGAGGACCCAUUAGACUUGAGUCACUUUACAAGGGACAACUUUGAAGGGUUUAAGCCAAACUUGAAACACGGAGAACUAGGUUUCACGGCUAUGAAAGACGCAUAUGAUAGCCAUGAAAAUGACCUCAUAGGUAUUUUCAAUGAGGAGGCGAUCAAAGAAUAUUCUAAACGACAAGAAACUCUGUGA